AUUCUACUUUUCAAAAUGUCUACUCUCCAAACUCCACAUGAAGAACAGAUCUACCAAAAGGUGGCGAAAACCACAAUUGCUGUCACCAUCUGCGGUUCCUUCAUCAUCCUCUCUGGCCUCACCAUGGUAGCCACCAUCGUUGGACUUGUGUUGGCCACGCCGCCGGCCGUCAUAACCAGCCCAGUCCUGGUCCCUGCUUCCAUUGCGGUUUCUCUAAUCCUUGCCGGAUUAUUGACCUCUUUUGGGCUGGCAUCAACUGCAGCAUUUAUCUUUUACUGGAUGUUCGGAUAUAUGACAGGUAAACAACCGAUCGGAGCAAACCAACUUGAUAUGAUAUGUAAUAAGCUAUCUGAUGCUGCUAAUGAGAUCAAGGGAAGAGCACACCAACUUGGACAUCAAUAUUAA